UCUUACAGUUCCUAUUUGCAAUGUGUAACAGUUCUUAAACUGUUCAUUAUGUGCACUAGAGAGCAGUCAAACUGAGAAUAGCUGUGACUGUGAGAGGAGUCUUACAUCGGUCCUAAAGGUGACCCCAUCGCCACACCAUCUAUUUGGUCAUAUAAUUGAUCGUUGAAACUGAAGCGGUUGUCCUUGAGGCUCUGCUUACAGUAAUAAAACAAUAAUAAGAAAGAAGAUGUGAAAAGAUUAGAAGCUGAUGCUGUAAGGAUAAAUAAUUAUAGUUAUCUACUAUAAUCUGCAGUCAUUCGAGAAAGAAAUAAAGGCAGUGGGGAUGCUCCAGUGACAAAAAUGGCUGAAGCAAAUUUUCCUGAUGGUAGGCUUGAUCAAGGAGUCGAUAAUGAUCAGAAGCUUGAAAUUCCAAGUCCAACACUUAUUGGCUCCUUUUCUUUUUCCCGCACAUCAUCUACUGGUUCUAUUGAUAUCCUGACCUCAUCAUCUGCUCACAACACAGAUGAUGAGGACAGUGAUAACAAAUCUACUUUAAGCUACAAGGAAAGGAGAAGAGAAGCCCACACACAAGCAGAACAAAAACGUAGAGAUGCAAUAAAGAAAGGGUAUGAAGAGCUUCAGAAUUUGGUGCCUACAUGCCAGGUACAAGAUAACACAACAAGUUACAAGUUAAGCAAAGCAACAGUACUUCAGAGAUCUAUUGACUACACACAGUUUUUGCUGCAACAAAAAAAGAAACAGGAAGAGGAACUGAAUGGUUUAAGAAAAGAAGUUGUUGCUCUACAGAUUAUGAAGGCGAAUUACGAACAAAUUGUAAAAGCUCAUCAACGUCAGCCAGUGCAGAGUCCAAACCAAGUGAGCGAUGAGGUCAAAUUUCAGGUGUUUCAGGCAAUCUGUGAUUCACUGUUCCAGUCGUUCAACUCCUCCAUUUCAGUUGCUAACUUCCAAGAACUCUCUGGAUGUGUUUUCAGCUGGUUGGAGGAAUAUUGUAAACCUCAAGCAUUGAGAGAAAUGGUGCUGUCCAUCCUCUGUCAGCUGAAUCCUCAACUUAGUUAGCUGGAGUGGUAAUAAAAAUGGAUUGAUGUACUGUUUUAGUGGACAUUUUUGAAUGAUGUGGUGUGUAUAUAUAUGUAUAUAUACAUACACACGCAUAUAUAUAUUUCUUGUGUGAUAUCCCUGUCAUCUUUUUUUUUUGUGAUGUUUACCACAUUGUGUAGAACAUUACAUUUUCACAGAAGUUAGUGUAGUUGGUUUUAUCAUUAUAUUAGAAUUAUUAUAUGUAAUUAAAGUUGUUCUUUUUUUAAAUCAUCAUUCUGUAAUAUAACAAAAUUGAAGUCUGAGUAUACAGUAUAAUGAAGAUCUUGACUACGUGUUUUUUCUAUUAACUAUACUGUAAAGAGGUAUGAUUAGGAAUAUGAGAGAAAUGAUGAUUGUGCAUUCUGAUAAAUUUUUUUAAUUAAUUUGCUUUAUAAUUAUGCAGGCUACAAAUCUAUCUUCAAUGGUUGUGUGAGAAAUCUGCUUUUGUGAACAAAAGAGCAACAAAAGAUGCAGCUACUACAGCUUAUUGCUUUAAAUCUGUGUUUCUUUAAGAAAAUAACAUAAUGAUGAUGUAAAUAGUGGUAUUAGCAUGUGUACAUCAAAAUCAAAUUAACUAGUACAAAGAAAAGACAAUUAAAAAUAAGGUCAGGUGUAUAUUUGAAGAGAAUAAUAUACAGAGGUUUUGUAAAUCAUUGAGUUUAUGACUAAAAAUACUAUUACCAGUGAGGGUGCCCAACUGAUGAAACACUUCAUUCUAAUCUUUAUAAGUAAGGAUGUAUAUUUAAUUAGCUAUACUCAUUACUGGGUUGAUUCUUAUUUGCUUUUAUAAACUAAGUUGGUAGCUUGCUCUGAUUGGAAGUUAAUUACAUUUUUAAUCAUUAGCACAUAUAAACUACUUGAAAAAUAGGAAGUAAUGAGUUUAAUACAGAUUAACAUACAUCCUUUUACAUACCAGAUUGUAUUGAGAAUGAUGAGUGAAACUUUUAGAUUGUACUUAGAAUGUUGAGUGAAACCUUCAGAUUGUGUUAAGAAUAUUGUUUGAAAUCAACAGAUUGUGUAAAAAUUGUUGUGUGAAACCAUCAAACUGUAUUUAGAAUGUUGUGAAAAACCUUCAGAUUGUGUUAAGAAUAUUAUUUGAAAUCAACAGAUUGCGUAAAAAUUGUUGUAUGAAACCAUCAAACUGUAUUUAGAAUGUUGUGCAAAACCUUCAGAUUGUGUUAAGAAUGUUGUUUGAAACUAGCACAUUGUGUUAAGAAUGUUGAAUGAAAUUAUCCGAUUGUGUUAAGAAUAUUAUUUGAAAUCAACAGAUUGUGUAAAAAUUGUUCUGUGAAACCAUCAAACUGUAUUUAGAAUGUUGUGAAAAACCAUCAGAUUGGGUUAAGGGUGCUGUGUGAAUCCAUCAGAUUUGAUCAAGAGUGCUGUGUUAAUCCAUUGUAUGUGUUAAAAAUAUUAUUUGAAACCAUCGGGUUGUAUUAAGAAUGUUGUGUGAAACCAUCAGAAUGUGUAUUUAGAAUUUUAUGCAAAAUCACCAAAGUGCUAUAAGAAUUUUGUGUAAAAUUGGCUGAAUAUUUUACGAAUGUUGUGUGAAACCAGCUGUAUGAAAGAUAUAAGGAUAUGUUUAGGUACUAGUAUAUUAAUAAGGCUUAAUAUUUAAUUAUAAUAAAAAAUAUAAAUAACAUGUUUGUAGAGUAGAAUGUCUAAAAGUUUUUAAUGAUGCAAAAUCUAAAUGUUGAAAGUAUUUGUUUGUUCUUCUGUUUACUGACUGUUUUUAAAGUACAACAGGAGCUUCUCUGUUAAGAUGAAUGUAGUAAAUAUUAAAACAUUAAAGCCAGCAAAAAGUCAAACAAGUAUAUAUUUUCACUGAAUAUGUGUGUGGACAUACCUACAAGUAUGUUUUUGCUUGUAGUGGUUGGUCUCAAGUGUGUGUUAUUCAGUAUUUUUUGUUGAGUGAAAGGAACAUUUGGGUCUCGGUGAGUUUGAACAGGGUAUAUACAUAAGAAAGAAAAAGUGGGUUGUGCCAUAAUUGUAAUUGUAAAAUGAUAUUAGAAAAAAAGGAUAAAUAGUGGUAGGAUAAUCAAUCCCUAUUUACUUUAAAACUAGUCUUGACUGUGAAAAGGCAGGAAGUUUAGUGUUUUUAAGACAUUUUUGUUUUUUAGAAUUUUACUUUGAGUGUAGCUGUGCUUGUAUAAUGUUUUUGCAAUGCUGCUACAUAGAAGAGUAGGCUGAAUGAAAAAGUUAAAAAGGAACUUAAGGUAUGGCUUUGUAAAUUUUGUAGAACUUUAUGCAUUUACUCUUGAUACUCAUAUAUAGAAUGCUUGAAAGUUUUUGUUUUGCUGGAUAUAGUAAGUAAAAUCUUCUAUACUAGGAUUAUUACAAUUAUAUCAUUAGAAAAUUCAUACAUAAUUUGAUUACAAGCUUUCAAAUUGAUCACUGUUAAAUAACUCAAAGCAAACAGAUUAUGAUGAUUACUAUCCUACAAUAUAAUAGUUAUUCUUUGAGAGCUGCCUUGAGUAGUGUCUCCUCAUUAAACUAUGCAGUAUAUAAUUAGUUUGAUUUUUUCCACAAAUUCAAGGAAGACUGUGUCUUUUAAAAGGCUUGGUUUUGACCUGCACUUUGCUUUAAACUGGUUUUGUAGGAUGCCUAGUGUUAAGAACCUAUAAUAUAUGGUGCUGUGUCUGUGAGUGAAGAUUAACUGCAUUCAUUUAAGUUAAAGUAAGUUCUAAUAUAAUUAUUUUAGUACUGUUAGUUUCCUUAAUACUAACUUCCAGACUUGCCUUGCAUGGCAAACCUCUGAGACGUAGGAAAAUCUCUACCAAAAACAGUCACCAUAUAGUGAUUAAGUAAAAUGGCUGUCACCACAAUUAUAAUGAUCCCCCCCCCCCCUACACCCCACAUACACCUUUUCUUUUGCCAUAGAAACUGUUGGUAUUGCAGUUUUCUAGCUUAAUAGCAGAUUCAUAUUUUUGAAAAUAAAUUCUACCACCAACAAUAUAUUUUUCUUAAUAAUAUUGAGUCAUAAGCUUAGAAAACUGUCACUCAUAAGAGAACUUGAUGCAAAUAGCAUUUGUUUUAACACAACAACUCGGGUCAUGUACCAUUACCUCUCAUGUGGUCAGUAAGUGAGAGAAGUUUCUUGAAGUGUCAGUCCAUUACCUCUCAUGUGGUCAGUAAGUGAGAAAAGUUUCUUGAAGUGUCAGUCCAUUACCCCUCAUGUGGUCAGUAAGUAAGAGAAGUUUCUUGAAGCGUCAGUACAAACAUAAUGUGAUCAACAGUGAAAUACCAUAAAAAUGAUACGACUAGCAUUUGAGUUAAACAGCAGAAAUUAUUUAUAUAGAUGCUGCAUAGUUUAAAAAUAAUGUCACAAGUUAAAUCAAUUAAUUAUUACAUGUUAAUUUAUCGUACAGAAUUUUUCAGUUAAUAUUGCUAAAUUGGAAUUAAAUUUUUGAUAUUAGAAUUAUAACACAGAGUUAUUUUGGACUUAGUUUAAAUCCUAGUAUCUCUUCAGAACUGCUUGAUUAAUGAAUACAAUUCAAAAAGAAAGUGUGGGAGGUACAUCUUGUCCAUAUGCAAAUUCAUGCUGUGGUAUUAUCAACUAGCAAGUCAGAUUAAGAAUAUAAAAUACAAAACCCAACAAUUUUUGGAAUAAUGAAAGGUAAACUCUAUUAUUAGUUACAGCCGACUAGUUUUGGUAACACAGUUACUAUGAACUAGUCAGCUGUAACUAAUAAUAAAGAUUACCUUUUAUUGUUCCCAAAAAGCAUCAGAUUUUUUUUGAAUAUAGUAACACAAUGUGCCUGAAAAGAAAUCAUAGUAGGUUAGACUUUUUAUUAUUGUUUCAUGUGUUGUACUUUAGACUUGUUAAUAUAGUUGAUAAUAUGAAAAAAAAAGUGCAUGAUUUCUGUUGUACGUGAACAUGUACAUUUUUUUAUAUUUGUGUGACUGCUGUGUGUGAAAUGUAUAGUGCAUUCGUGCUCAUUACAGUGGGUUUGGAAUGGUUUGAAGCUUAGCUCAUGAGUGUUAUCAUUAAAUCUUUGAUAAGGUUUAUGACUGUGUAAGGAUGAAUUGAUACAAAGUUUAUGUACUUUUAUAUUUGACUGUCUGGCCAUAGUGUUGAUACUUGACUGUCUAACUGCUGAUGUUUAAAUGUUAAAGAAAUUGAAGUUCAAAUUAGUCAUGAAUGUGACAGACAGUGCAUUUAAACUUGUGUAAUGGGGAAAUAAAACAUUACUUAAAAUAUUUUGAUAUUUUGAAGUUGUAGUUUUAGAAGUUGACCAUGUAGACACAUGGUUUUGUGCAUGUUGAUAGUAGGCUAAUGUGUUUGUCUUGGUAAAAAAAGUGUACAAUUAAUUAAUGUAUUUGUGUACACUGUCAACAUUUUUUUUUAUUUCAGUGAGUUUUUAGACAGGUGAAACAUCUUUUUGUGACUAACAUUUACCAGAAUUCAUAAAAUGGACAACACCUCUGGCUUGUACUUUGAUGAUAGAUUUAUUCUAGUGGUGAAAAUAUUGGCCUCUUUUUCUUAUGGAUUUCACAGAAAGUUUCAGUUUCAGUUCUCAAACUUCUUAAUUUUCAUCUCACAUUUGUAGAUUUGAGUAAAUACCCGUAUUCAAUCUUUAGUAAUCAGUGUAAAUUACAUGUUGUGCCUAAAGUUUUAUAUCUUGAAAAUUUUGAAAAUAUCAUUGUUAUCAAUGUACAUGUAUCACUUACAAACUUAGCAUAGUUGGAGAUGUAAAUACUGAAUUUGUAGACUUUAAAAAUGUUU